AUGCCUAUUGUCAAGAGACUCCACAUCAAAGCGUCCAACAACUACGAGUCGGGCUUCAAAAUCGUCCCCGUCAACACCAACCGUCCAGUGGUGAUCGAGUCUGACCUCGGCACCAUCAGUCUUUGCAUCAACAUCAAGAACUUUGACGGCUCCACCCCACACUUGUCCAACAGUUUGUACAAUGUGGGCGAUAAGGUGUUCCUCGAUGGCGAGGCCAUCGACUCCAGCGUCGAGGACUCGGAUGAGCUCGUCAAAUCGGUGCUUCCCAACCUCCGUUUGGAAAUCAAGUUCCUGCCCAAAGUGCCUAUCAAGGGCUCGGAGUUGUUGUUUGGCAACGACUUCCUCGUGCCCAUCAAGGAGUACGUCCCCACCACGUUGUUGUCCACUGGGUUGAAAUUUUUCACCUGGUUCAUCAACAAGACUGUCAAAGGCGACAUCUAUGGCGACAAGCCGUUCCUCUACGGAGCAGCGUUGUCCAGCAUCACGUCGAUUGCGGUCGACAAGAACCCCAACGACGCGUUGAAGGUGGUGGACCCUCCCAAGAAGGCUCCCACCGAUUUGGUCAACUUUAAGGAGAACCUCAAGGACAAUGGUGACGGUUUGGAUGUACCAGAAGACUCGUUUGCUCGCAAGAAGUUCUUUGGCGACAUCAAGAACUGCGACAAGUUCACCUACAACCACAACCACUCGUACUUGCUCCAGUUCGACACCACCUCCGUCAAGAUGGCUGACUCCAAGUACGCCGUCACCAUUCCCACCUACGGCAGCAAGACGUUUGACUUUGACGUUUCCAGCUACGCCAACGACCACUUGAACAACUUCAACUGGACCCUCAAGCGUGGAGGCUACGAGGGUGUUGGCCACGGCGUAUUGGCGUUGGUGGUGAACUUUUCAUUGCUCGACGAGGAGGCCAAGACUGGCAGUGGGUAG